UGAAAGGGGCUCUGAAAAUGUAAAUAUUCGCCAACGUAUACUUGUAGAGCUGAAUGCAGAGGGGGGAAAAGUUGUCACACCUCUUUACAAUUGUUCUCAAAAUGUUGAUAUCCGGACAUUUGACCUACUUGAUGGUGACAUCUGUGUUGUUGCUUUUACCCCUUGCUGAGAGCAACUUAAACAAAGAGGUGAUAGAAACGCACACGUUCGAUUUGGUACCAAAUGGCGAGUAUCGGACAUUUUCAAAAGGAAUUUUACCAGAAGUCGUGCAACCUGGCGAAGAUGGAGAGUUGGAGUGUUCCUUCACUUAUCGACCUGUCCAGGUCAACGACACAGGAGCUGACACAAAAGAGUCUUGGAGCAUGACGCUGGUACACGCAGCAGAUUCUGGCUAUUUUGAAUGCACAGUCCAGGUCGAAGACGGUCAGACAUCAAAAGUGAAACUCGACUUCUUCCGGAUAUUCGUUAGAGGGAAGAAAAUCUCAAAGACUACUGCUUUGAGGACCAACGAAGAACCUCUUGCACCACACCAGUAUCGAGAAUACCACAAACGGAGCUUUGUAUUGAGUGACACCAGCCGUUUCCAUGGACAAUUAUCUUUCCUCAGUGUAGAGUGCGGAGAAGGACGAACCUUCGUGCCGAGGACAGAACUUUAGUUUUGUUAGUCACAAUUAACGGGAGUUCAGUCGGAUGACAACUGAAACUUCGUCAACCUGCAGAAGCAGCGAACAACCAUCGAAUAUUAUAAAGACUAUAAAUAUUCUAAAAAAUAUUGAUCAGAAUAUUCGCAAUACGCAGAGGAGCAUCUAUUUCUUCUUGGAGAACUUUGCAUCGAUAGAAUUUUCCCUUUGUUUAAAUAAUCUUUUUUGCAAAUAUUGUUGUUAACCAGUUUAAUGAAGCAUAAUCUUAUUUCAUGAAUGUAUAUGCAUUGCAGUAUUAAAUACCAACGUUAGUGAAAUACUAGUUCUAGUGUUUUAUUCAGUGUGUUCCUAGAACAGUUAUGCAUGUGUGCAUCAGACGCUGGAUUUGUGGUUAUUUUUCAUUUCAUUUACUGUAAAGAUUGUGCUAUGGUAAUCGAUGUGAGCACCUACCAUUCACAAAAAUGAAUAUUAAGUAAUUCAUCCCCGUGGCACAAUAUGAACUUUGUUCGUACAAAUGUCUAAAAGACGCCAGCUUGAAAUAAAUGUCCGACAUAGGAGACCGGAGU